AUGUACUUUAAUUCUUUGUAUGUUCAGCUUAUUUCUACCGAAUCCGCCAGAAGUUUGGUGAGAGUUAAUGCAAACGAAUGCAAACACUGGAUAACCGGUAUAUUUUAUUUUGAAUGGUCAAACUCGUCAGUUACACUGGCAUCUAACAAAAUCAAUAGCCGCUUUGAUCGGCUUCUUCCGGAUUAUCUUCGUGAUACAGUGGAAUGGAUAACCAAGUAA